GAAAGGCUGAAAGCUAUGUGGUUGUUGUCCCGCACUACCGGUAUCUGGCUGUCGGUGAGGACGUGGCGUGGCGGAAACCCCGGAGACCGGAGCAUAAAGAGAAGCUCUUCGCGCAAACUCACUGGCUCUACGGCGGCUCCGAUCUUCCACGUGUACCCUGUCAUUGACCAAAACACUCCGAUCUCCGUGGCAGCCUGGGAGCGCGCGUGCGGCCGCUGUUGCGCAGUGCAGACCGGGAGGCGGUGCGGGGCAGAGGUGUGCUGGAGAUAUGAACCUGUAAACGGAAAGCUGCUCGAAUUAGCGUUUUUUACGGUACACACAUCAACUAUGCAGACAGGGAUGUUCAUGGAGUCUCACCUGGGCAGCUCGGUCCAAUGUGUCCUGUUCCUGCUCAUACACUUGUGCCUGGCUGCACCAGGUGUACCUGGGACGCAAAGGGAGGAAUCACUAGAUACCCAUCCCCCUUCACUAACGCUAGCCAAUCCCUUUGGCUCUGGAGAGGAGAAUCGCAAGUUGCUGCAAAGCUACAUUCAAUCCAGUCUGAAGGAGGACCAAGGAGCACCAGAAAUCAGCACCUGGGAGCAAGAGGUGUUCUUCCUGUUUCGUCUUUUUGACUACGAUCGCAGUGGACUCCUGGAUGGCUUGGAGAUGAUGAAGCUAGUUUCAGACUAUAACUCCCAUCAUACACCUGGAGCACAGGCCAGUGAGCUGGUGGUGUCUAUGGUAGAUUUCUUACUCCAGACUCAGGAUUUAAACCAGGACGGCCUGUUGGCCCCAUCUGAGUUGCUGUCUCCUUCAUUACCUCACACACAGGACUCCAGCAACAACAACGCACCUCACCAGGAGCAGGAGGUGGCAGUGGAGAAGAAGCUGUCAAACCCCAGUACUGAUGAGGAGCAGGCAGGAGCAGCAGAGCAGAGAGAGGAGGCUCCGGAGGAGUUGCAGCCUCAAGAUGAAGAGCAACCUCAACAUGAAGUAAAGGCAGCAGAUGAAGAACUCAUUAAGCCAGUAGACGAACAGCAUGGACAACAAAUCCCAGAAGCCCCAGCAGCAGAACAGGGGCAGCACCACAAUGCCCCUGUUCAUGUGGGGCAACCAGAGAUAUGAAUGCAUCUGCAUAUACUGGUUCAGUUCUCGAGUCAAGCCACUAGAAGAGAUUGAGAUUCUACCAUCCGUUUCAGUUGACAGUUAGACAUUGAUAAAUUAUUGACAAAUAAAAAGAUGAAUCAGUAUUCCUGUCACUUUAUUAGACAACUUUUUCUACAACAAUUACCAAGUACCUAUUGGUUUUAACUAUGAAUGCAAAGAUUUUUAGAGCUGUAAAAGGUCAAAAAGUCCUGAAUUCAAAAUGCACUUUUAUCCAUAUUAGUAAAACAGAAGCCAUUAUUAAUAGAGAUUAGUACUUUUGAGUAUUUUUAUUUUCUCCCAGCAAGUGAAACAGUUGAUCAUCUCAUUUAAAAUAAUUUGAACAAAUGUGCUUGAUUUUUAAUAUUUUAUUUGCUUGAAAUGUAUUUAUUUACCAUUUUCUGUAAUACUUGAAAAAUUUAGCAUAUUUUUAAUGUGUUUGAGUUUUUCUAUGUAGUUGAUGACACUGAUUUGCCUUAUUGUGUCUGACCCACUCUUUGGUUUUGCACCUAUUACUGAUGCACCAGGAGUGCAUCUGGACUGUUAUUUGGUUAAACUAGUCUCAUUUACAGACAGUUCAGUUUAGCCAGUGUGACAGGGCACAAUGGUACACUAGUGUGACUCAAUGAGUUGGGAACCAUGAAAUUACAGAACAGUACUAUGCUCUUAAUGACAGUUACAGCCUUUUGCCACCGGUCUUUUAGGCUAUGGGCUUAAAGACUUUCAUGCUCAUAAUUGAGGUAAGGAAGGCCCCAUUUAAAAUAAGAUCUAAUGUAAUGUUAAAUUAUGCUUUAAUCUGCUUGAAAUGUGUUUACAAUAUUAAAGGGUUUAAUAAUUGUUAAAAAAUAUAUAUUUUAACCCUUAAUGAAUUUAUACAGCUGGAGUAAAUAAAGCAGUGAUUUCUUUCA